GGGUGUAGCACUGGAGGAUGUGGCAACUGUGUGUUCUUGCCUUGCUUCUGUGGGAUAUGUGUAUCAGCUGAGUGGCUUUAUCACACCCACCGUUCGAGCCUGGACAACCCUUGUUACUGUGGCACGAAAGAACUCCUCUCCAGCAUUUCUCCUGAGAGGUAUAACAGAGUUGUUACUUGUGGUGCCUGAGUUAGUGCCAAAAGAACUAGUAAAAGAAGCCAAGGAGGCUAUCACUACAUGCCAGGCUAGCAGUAACCAAGAUCCAUCCUUAGUAUAUGUGACCUUGAUUGCUAUCACAGCACUUGCCUACUACUAUCUCAAGCUGGGUCAGUAUAGUGAAGGAGUCAUAUAUAUGUCUGAAGCACUUAAGAGCGAUGUGAUGGAUAAGCGGACAGUCAGGGCCACUGAAGCUCAGACUAUAGUACACUUUGUGGGCUCCAUGUAUGCAGGGCUACCACACUGGGUCCUGGAGGAGGCUAAGAAGCCUUCCCAGCCAAGCAUAUCACUAGCUCUUUUGGCAUGCCGUGAGGCGAAUGCACUUGUAGAGUCAUAUGCAACAUCAUCUAGUAAUGAUAUAAUCUGCUGGCGACAUCGAGUAGCCUGGCUACAUUUGACAACAACAGUAUGGUUCGGCAACCAGUGCCUGAUGUCAGCUCAGCCCCGCCAAGCAAGAGCAUACCUCAAGCAACCUCUCAAGAUCGCACAAGAAUUAGCUCUUCCACUGAGGACGGGAGAGCUGCUGGAGCUGCUUGCUAGAGUGGACUUGCUGUGUGACCAGCUAGAGGACUGUCGAGUUAAGGUUGACAGUUUGCUGGCCUUACUCAUUGCUCACCCUACCCAUGCGCAUGAAUACCUACCAAAGGAUGCCAAAGUAGCCAAGCACGUCACCAUGAAUACCAAAGCAUGCGAGGGCAAGCUGUCUUGUCAGGUUCUUUCUGAGAUUGAAAUCGACAGUGAGGAGAAGAUGCGAGAUUGCAGCGCAGCUCCAGAGUACGACUUGAAGGCCUUCCACAGCAACCCGGGCCUGGUUGUGGUAGGAGCUGAGGAGCGCAUAGGUGAGCUGGCACACCCACGGCAGCCGGUGUCCCCUUCACUCGGGUAUCGGGAGGAUGUUACUCUGGCACGAGUGGAGGCCUGCCCAGACGGACAAGUGAAGUGUGUCAUGUGCUCUACGCCAGCUCUUCAGGAACUUCACAUCUCCACAGCAGUAAUCCUGGCUCUUGUUCACGCCCAUAAUGGACAUCACCUAGCAGCACAAACAUGCUUCAGGAGGGCCAUGGAAAUGUAUGACGAUAUCACUGAAAAGGCUGCUUUUCUCACCAAUUAUCUGAUGUCAAUUAUAAGUGCCAGAAGCAAGAAAAGUACCUCAUUUGCCACUUUUCUUCAGUCAAGGUUGAAUCUAGUGUAUCUUCAGUCUAUGCACCACCAGGCAGAGAGCCUUGCACUGGAGAAGAAAUGGGACCAGGCUCUGCUUGUCAAUAUGAAAGCUCUCAAAAUUAUUAGAUCACUAGAUUCACAUGUGUUACAUCAAAACAUGCAUUUUAUCACUGUUAUCAUACUACAAGGCCAGAUUUUGAAGAGAACACAGGAACAUCAAAUAGACAGUGUUGAAAGUGGUGAUGAAGUUGCUGAUGAGAGUUCUGUAACCCCAAAUGGAGAUGAGAAGAAAAACAUAUAUGAUUACAAAACACCAGCAAGACCUCAGGCCAAAGCUGCAGUUAAGUCUGCUACUAAAAUAGGCCAGAAAACUCUUGGCUUGCCCAGCACUCUCACAAAGGAAGGGAAAUAUUUCAGCAUAUACAGUGAUGAUGAAGAUACACAGGAGACUUCAACAAAGCAGUCUAGGGCCCCCACCCCACCACCUCAGAGUAAUAAACCCUCAAGAGUGUACAAGAGACAGGUAGUUACCAAGAGAGAGAACACCAGGAAAGGAAGCACUGCCACAAGAAAAAAGGAUAUGGCUGCGGUAGAGGCAAAGUUAGGUCAGCUGGCUUUGGAUGAUAGCCCAACAAAACUGGUUUUGAAGGUACCAAACUCUUUCUCCACCUCCCCCUGUCCCAAGAGCUCAAGAUCUUCCAUAGGCAUAGAAAACAAAGGUGAGGAUGCUCAUGUGUCGCCAUCAUCAAGAGCACCAGGGAAGAGGAGGACCAUUAGAAAGGCAAAAGAGUCGACAGUACCCAAAACUCUUACUUUCUCAGACAAGGAUAACUCCAUGGAGAAUACUUCGAAAGGUAGCGAUGACAUGGAAAUCAGCCUUGAUGAUAACACAGAGUCAGUACAACAAAGAACCAGGAGGUUAAAGUCUCGGGUUCCCAAAGAUGAAGCCAAAACAAAGCCAACCUCUUCCAGGACCAGGGUAAAGAAAGAGGCAGAACCUAGAGUCACUAGAACAACCAGCAGAACUUUGAGAUUAGUUUAACAAAUGGUUUGUAUAGAGACUGCAUGCUGUUUGUAACGUUGCAUAGCACGGUAAUUUUAAGCCCGAGAUUAUUUCCUUUCACUAUUCAGUAAGUUAAGUUUGACUAUAUGGUUCUUUUUGUUUGUCAUAAAAAAUGUUUUAAAAUGGAUUGCACUGUUAUUUUAUGAUGUAAGAUUAUCUUGUCAGUCAUAGUCAAAGAGGUUUAUACCUUUUUAUAACGAUCUAAUAAUUUAGCAGAUCAUGUGCCAAAGAUACAUUUACUCUUGAGAUACAAAGUUAUUGUGUCAUAAUACCUUGUGAGUUGCUUUUUUCUACCUUAUAAAAGCUACAGUUUGUAUAAAACCUGCCAAAGGAUUUUAAGCUUCAAGAAUAUUUAUUUUGACCAUUGCAUUAUGUGGUGUACAUAGAUAAUUGUUGAAAAGAAAUGAACUGUGACUGUAUAUCAUAUUAAUUACUGAGGCAGAUUAAGAAAUAAAGUUAUAUUUAUACU